AUGACGCGGACAUUAUUCGCACUUCUCAGUUUGCUCUCGGUAGCUCUCGCGCAGGCGCAGCCCGAGGGAUGGAUCGUCAAGUUCAAAACGGACCGCGUAGACCCAACUGCACGACGGAACUGGAUCAACAAUCAGCUCAAAAAUGCAGAGCUUCCUUCUCUAUCUGAACAGGAAGCAUCAACCCUAAAGACGGGCUGGAACGUGACCGUGUUCGAUGGGUUUUCUGGUGGAUUUAGUGAUGCGGCCGCUCGAGUGUUUCGUGAGCAUGAAGACGUCGCAUAUGUUGAGCGCGAUGUGCCAGCAUCCAUUACUGCCAUGACGACUCAGAAUAAUGCACCGUGGGGGCUUCAGAGGAUCAGUCAGAGAGCUGCGAUUCAGAACGGCGAUCCUACAAAAACAAAUUUUAUUUAUAAUUAUGAUGACUCGGCUGGGUCUGGAGUUGACAUUUACAUCCUUGACACUGGUGUACGAACUUCGCAUGUAGAGUUUGGUGGACGCGCCACGUUUGCAAGGACAUUUAGCGAUGGAGUGCCGGACCAGGAUAUACAAGGACAUGGUACUCAUGUCGCUGGAAUUGCUGCAAGUUCGCUGCAUGGUGUGGCCAAAGCGGCCAAUAUCAUUGCCGUCAAAGUCAUGGACGACCAAGGGGCCGGAUCUGCCUCGAAUAUCAUCUCCGGCAUCAACUUUGUGGCAAACGCUGCUGCUCAAAGUGCUCGGCGAUCCGUCAUCAAUCUUUCGAUAACAGCGCCAGCGUCUCGGGCAAUUGACGCUGCGUGCGCAAACGCUGUCAGCAAUGGUGUCUACAUUGUGGCAGCCGCUGGGAACGAAGGCGUUGACACCAGCAACACGUCUCCAGCGCGAUCUGAUGCGGUAAUUGCGGUCGGUGCCACGGACAUUAGAGACAGGAGAGCAUCAUUCUCCAACUUUGGGCCUGCUGUCGAUGUCUUUGCUCCUGGCGUGGGCAUCAUUUCGCUCAGCAACUUGAAUGACAAUGCAGUCAAGACACUCGACGGAACCUCGAUGGCGUCUCCGAUGGUUGCCGGCCUCGUUGCGUACCUCCUGACCCUGGAAGGAACUAUUACUCCAGCGGCCAUGAAGCAAAGACUACGCACUCUUUCGACAACAAAUCUCGUCACUGGACUACCGAGCAAUACGACCAAUGCCCUCGUGUUCAAUGAUGCCGCAGGAGCCCAGACGACCAACCAGACGCCUGCAAUCGUCCAGCAGCAAAGUAUACUGGGAUCUAUUGAUUCGAUGAUAUCUGCGUUUUCCAAGCUUGCAUCCAGUGCACAGAAUAGCUAG